GAGGGGGCAGUCAGGAUGGUGAGGAGAAGCCGGAGCCGGAAGCUACAAAAAUUGACCGGGCUGUGCAGACGGGAGGAGGGGCUCAGGGUAAAGCGGAGCUGCCCUUCAUGUGGCCCUUCAGAACCUGGGGGUGAAGAGAAGAAGGGGCGAGGAAACGCUGUUUCUGUUCAGUUGUUCCCCCCGGAGCUGGUGGAGCACAUCAUCUCAUUCCUCCCAGUCAGAGAUGUGGUCGCUCUCGGCCAGACCUGCCACUACUUCCACCAAGUGUGCGAUGCCGAGGGCGUGUGGAGACGCAUCUGUCACCAGCUCAGUCCUCGCCUUCGAGAGCAGGGUUCCGGGGUCCGACCCUGGAAGAGAGCCGCCAUUCUGAACUACACAAAGGGCCUGUAUUUCCAGGCAUUUGGGGGCCGCCGCCGCUGUCUCAGCAAGAGUGUAGCUCCCCAGCUAGCCCAUGGCUACCGCCGCUUCCUGCCCACCAAGGACCAUGUCUUCAUUCUUGACUACGCGGGGACCCUCUUCUUCCUCAAAAAUGCCCUGGUCUCCUCCACCCUUGGCCAGAUCCAGUGGAAGCGGGCCUGCCGCUAUGUUGUGUUGUGUCGUGGAGCCAAGGACUUUGCCUCAGACCCGAGGUGUGACACAGUUUACCGCAAAUACCUCUACGUGUUGGCCACUCGGGAGCAGCCAGGAGUGGUGGGCACAACCAGCAGCCAGGCCUGUGACUGUGUCGAGGUCUACCUGCAGUCCAGCGGGCAGCGGGUCUUCAAGAUGACCUUCCACCACUCCAUGAGCUUCAAGCAGAUUGUGCUGGUUGGUCAGGAGACGCAGCGGGCCCUGCUGCUCCUCACAGAGGAAGGAAAGAUCUACUCUUUGGUCGUGAAUGAGACCCAGCUGGAUCAACCACGCUCCUACACAGUUCAGCUGGCCCUGAGAAAGGUGUCCCGUUGCCUUCCUCACCUGCGUGUGGCCUGCAUGGCUUCCAACCAGAGCAGUACUCUCUACAUCACAGACCAGGGGGGAGUGUAUUUUGAGGUGCAUACCCCAGGGGUGUAUCGUGAUCUCUUUGGGACCCUUCAAGCCUUUGACCCCCUGGACCAGCAGAUGCCGCUUGCACUCUCACUGCCUGCCAAGAUCCUAUUCUGUGCUCUUGGCUACAAUCACCUUGGCCUGGUGGAUGAAUUUGGCCGAAUCUUUAUGCAGGGAAAUAACAGAUAUGGGCAGUUGGGAACAGGGGACAAAAUGGACAGAGGGGAACCCACACAGGUCCAUUAUCUCCAGCGCCCCAUUGCCCUGUGGUGCGGCCUCAACCACUCCCUGGUGCUGAGCCAAGGCUCGGACUUCAGCAAGGAGCUGCUGGGUUGUGGCUGUGGGGCCGGAGGCCGCCUCCCCGGCUGGCCUAAGGGCAGCGCCUCUUUCGUCAAGCUCCACAUCAAGGUCCCUUUGUGUGCCUGCUCUCUCUGCUCCACCAGAGAGUGCCUCUACAUGCUGUCCAGCCACGACAUUGAGCACCAUCCAGCCUACCGGGACCUACCAGCCAGCAAGGCAGUGGGGACCCCUGAGCCCAGCCUGGGGGCUGGAGCAACCCAGGACCCUGGCGGGGUGGCCUGGGCCUGUGAGGAGUACCUCAGCCAGAUCCACAGCUGCCCCACACUGCAGGACCGCAUGGAGAAGAUGAAGGAGAUCGUGGGCUGGAUGCCCUUGAUGGCCGCACAGAAGGAUUUCUUUUGGGAGGCGCUGAAUAUGCUGCAGAGGGCUGCUGGAGGGGCUGGCCAAGGCCCCCCACCCACUGAAAGCUGA